UUUCCGACCCCGCCGCAAAUCCUGCGCAGGGCCCGCCUCCGCGCUGAAUUCUUAAAGGGCCCGCGGGCUGGGGGGGCGGAGCCAGUAGAGGCGCCGAACCGGGGCAGUGCCUGGUGGAGCGGCCGGAGCGGGCCGGGCUGGGGCGGGGAUGGCGAUGGCCAUGGCGCAGGUCCCGGCGGCUCCCUGCGCGAGUUCCUGAGCUAGUGCCAGGCAGGUGACACUGUCUUCCUGCAGCCCCCAGCAUGUGGGCAGGCCUGGGCCCUGCCGUCACACUGGCCCUGGUGUUGGCGGUGGCAUGGGCCACGGAGCUGAAGCCCACAGCACCACCCAUCUUCACAGGCCGGCCCUUUGUGGUAGCAUGGGAUGUGCCCACACAAGACUGUGGCCCACGCCACAAGGUGCCACUGGACCCAAAGGACAUGAAGGCCUUUGAUGUGCAGGCCUCACCUAAUGAGGGUUUCGUGAACCAGAACAUCACCAUCUUCUACCGUGACCGGCUGGGCAUGUAUCCACACUUCGAUUCGGUGGCGAGGUCUGUGCAUGGUGGUGUGCCACAGAAUGGCAGCCUCUGGGUACACCUGGAGAUGCUAAAGGGACAUGUGGAACGCUACAUUCGUACACAGGAGCCUGCAGGGCUGGCAGUCAUUGACUGGGAGGACUGGCGGCCAGUGUGGGUACGCAACUGGCAGGACAAGGACGUGUACCGCCGAUUAUCACGCCAGUUGGUGGCCAGUCGCCACCCUGACUGGCCACCAGACCGCAUAGUGAAGCAGGCGCAGUAUGAGUUUGAGUUUGCUGCACGCCAGUUCAUGCUGGAGACACUGCGAUUUGUCAAGGCAUUUCGGCCUCGGCACCUGUGGGGCUUCUACCUCUUCCCCGACUGUUACAACCAUGAUUAUGUGCAGAACUGGGAGACCUAUACAGGCCGCUGCCCUGAUGUUGAGGUCUCCCGAAAUGACCAGCUGGCCUGGCUGUGGGCCGAGAGCACGGCCCUCUUCCCCUCUGUAUACCUGGAAGAGACACUCGCUUCCUCCACACAUGGCCGCAACUUUGUCAGCUUCCGUGUUCAGGAGGCCCUUCGCGUGGCUCACACCCACCAUGCCAACCAUGCACUCCCGGUCUACGUCUUCACGAGGCCCACCUAUAGCCGCGGACUCACAGGGCUUAGCGAGAUGGAUCUCAUCUCCACCAUUGGCGAGAGUGCAGCCUUGGGUGCAGCUGGUGUCAUCCUCUGGGGUGAUGCGGGGUACACCACCAGCAUGGAGACCUGCCAGUACCUCAAGGAUUACCUGACCCGGUUGCUGGUACCCUACGUCGUCAAUGUGUCCUGGGCUGCCCAGUAUUGCAGCUGGGCCCAGUGCCACGGCCACGGGCGCUGUGUGCGCCGUGACCCCAGUGCUAAUACCUUCCUGCACCUCAGUGCCAGCAGCUUCCGCCUAGUGCCUAGCCACGCACCUGGUGAGCCGCAGCUGCGACCAGAGGGGGAACUCAGUUGGGCCGACCGCAACCACCUGCAGACGCACUUUCGCUGCCAGUGCUACUUAGGCUGGGGCGGCGAGCAAUGCCAGUGGGACCGCAGGCAGGCAGCUGGGGGUGCCAGUGGGGCCUGGUCUGGGUCCCACCUCACCAGCCUGCUGGCUGUGGCCGCCCUGGCCCUCACCUGGACUUUGUAAGGGUCUCUCACGCAGCUGCCAGGCAAGCUGGCUUCUGCCACAAGGGCUCUGCUAGGCAUGUAGGAGCCCACAAGGGGUGGACAAACCAGAGUCUGAAGGGGCAGAACCCCCUGGGAUGCCCAGUAGGGUGUCCGUACCAGCUCCCACCCCCUGUUCUAAGGGGGAGGGACAGUCCCGUGGGAGGCCCCUUCUCUCCCUGCCAGAGAGGAAGAGGGGCACAGCUGGGCCGGGGAGGACCUGACCCUACUCCCCUGCCCCUGAAUAGUUUAUUAUUAUUAUUUUGGGGUCUCUUUUGUAAAUUAAAUAUGAAACAACU